CCUUCUUCCAGGCAGAAUGCUCCCCAACAUGGCUGCUGUUGUACAGUAGGGGCUCAGCAGUGUAUCUAUGUAGGAGAAAAACACACAAUUUUAAAAGGAUAUCAAUUACGACCGGAAAUGUACAAGGGCUCUACAUGAAUGCUAUGAGGAGGAUCCCUGUGCUGCACCUGAGCAUCAAUUAAACCUCGAAACAGAAAUCCAAGAGUUCCCUGCUCCCCUCUGCUGGCUCCUACAGGUGUGAGCUUGCCUCCUGUCACACUGGCAGAAGAGGCGGGGCAGGAGGUGUUGCCAGGUGGGGGACCAAGGCUACACCAGCCUGCCUAUUCUAUCUUCCUCCGGUCAGAUCUCAAUCACACCAUUUGCAGCUUCCACAAGCGGCGGGCUGAGAGCCUCCGAGCGGCACUGACGAGGCUCUGCCAGGUGCCGUUGGCUGGUUAAAGAGCAGAGCAUGUUGAGUGGCUGUGGUUGCCAUGGAGCUGCAGGAUAAGAAAAAGGAGGAGGAUGCAGUGCCUCUGGGUCUGUCUACGGGCCAGGCUCUGCUGAAGCUCCAGGAUCAGCUGAGCAGCCUGCUGGAGCAGCACCAGAGGGCGACACGCAGACGGGUCUCUGUACAGGAAAAGUGGGUAAAUAGCUUCCUUUACCAUGGCAACCGUCACUCCUGUCUCCAUUGGCCAGGAGCGGCCCUCACUCUACUGGUGGUGUUGGGACUCCUCUGUUGCUAUGGCAGCCAGCCAAAGGGCAGUUCUGGUAUCGAGCUGGUGAAUGCUGCAGCCCUGCUCCUUCUCUUCCUGCUCAACCUGCUGCUGGUGGGACGUCAGGAGCGGCUGAAGAGGACGGAAAUGGUCCGCCGUCUCAAGGGUAUCAUCACACAGCUUGAGGACUACCUGUCAGGGUGUGUGGGGGAGGUGCGGUGGUCUCCCUCUCUGUACCCUGAUUUGUACACACCCUCCUCCCCGUCGUGGUCCCUGCACUGGACCUACAGAGACUCCCAGCUGGUGAACCUGCCCAUCAGUCUGCUGGUGGAGGGGGACAUCAUCGCUCUGAGGCCGGGCCAGGAGGCGUUUGCUUCCCUCAGAGGCAUUAAGGAUGAUGAGCACAUUGUGUUGGAGCCAGGAGAUCUGUUCCCCCCCUUCUCCCCUCCCCCUUCCCCGCGUUCCACUGAAAAGAGAGGCCCCCAGAGCCCCCAGCAGCACCGCCUCUUCAGGGUGGUCCGGACUCCAGUACUGGACAUAGUCAGUAACAGUUUGGAGUUGGCGUUGGCUCGACCAAUCACAGUGCUGGAUAAUGAGAGGUUCACAGUGCAGUCGGUUAUCACCAAGCAUGUCUGUCCAGUGGUUCUGGUGGCGUUCCUGCUGGUCAACACCGUCCGCUACUUUAUUGAUGCUCCCAGCCUCACCCCCGCCCGAUUCAAUUUCUUUCAAAUUCAGUUGAUGGGUGUCCUGCCCAUCCUGCCCCUGCUCUUCCCCGUCAUGUGGGUGCUGCUGAACGCCUUCGGAGAGGCCAGGGUCCUCGCUGAGUUCAGCAGAGCAUCUCCAGCUGGUCUGCUUGCUAAGUUCUCUGAGGACACUCUAAGCAGCUACACCGAAGUGGUUUCCUCCCAGGAGUUGCUGCGCUGUGUGUGGAGACACCUGCUUGGUGUCCUGAAGGGCGAGUCUCAGACCCUCUGUUACACUUCUAGCCUUCUACACACUCUGGGAUCUGUCACUGUGCUGUGCUGUGUGGAUAAGCAGGGUAUCCUGUCGUGGCCGAACCCCAGCCCAGAGACGGUGCUGUUCUUCAGCGGACGGGUGGAGCCGCCUCACAACAGCCAGGACGAUCUCAGAGACGACCUCUCCGUCAGCUCCUUCUGCCGCAUGGAGACGGACGAUGACAGGGACGAGGCCCAGGAGGCGGAGGCUCUGCUUUGUCUGCCAGCAGAGCCGUCCACUCAGGUAGGGGAGGGGCCUGAGCCCAGCGAGACGUCACAUGACACGGCUCGCUCAUCGGACACAUUCCAGCAGCGGCGCUCCUGCCAGCCUGCACACACUCGCACCAAACAUCACUCGGGGUCCAACGUGAGCUUCAGCCGCGACACUGAGGGAGGGGAGAACGACCCGGGCCAGGACUUUGGUUGCCCGGAGGCGGAGGCUGACGACUUUGUGUGUGACUACCACCUGGAGAUGCUGAGCCUGUCUCAGGACCAGCAGAACCCGACCAGCAUCCAGUUCGACGACCUCUCCUGGCAGUGCCACCUGCCGUCCCUCAAGCCCCUGGGCCUCAACAUCAUGCUGAACCUGUGCAACGCCAGCGUCACGCAGCAGCUCUGCCGCUUCUCCGACCACCUCUCCAACCUGGCCCUGCAGGAGAGCCACGGCUCCGUGCUGCCCGUCUGCGUCCCCUGGGGGCUCUGCGAACUCUCCAGGCUUAUAGGGUUCACUCCUGGUGCGCGGGAGCUUUUCAAACAGGAGAACCACCUGGCCCUGUACCAGCUGCCAUCAGGAGAGAAGAACAAGGAGUUCUCGUCUCGACGGCUCCAUUACUUCACCAAGCGGCAGCCUCCCAUCUCUCACCUCAUCUCCCUGUUUGUACGGGACUCUUCCUCCAAUAACGUCCAGAUGCUGUCACACGGCUCAGCUGACCUCAUCCUCGAGUCCUGCACUGACUUCUGGGAUGGAACUGACAUCUAUCCCCUCUCAGGCUCAGACAGAAAGAAGGUUCUGGACUUCUACCAGCGGGCUUGUCUGUCAGGGUACUGCUCAGCCUUUGCCUACAAACCCAUGCAAGUAUCCCUGUCCAGCCAACUGAAUGGGAAGUGUGUGGAGCUGGCCCCUAGUCCCUGCCUCUUCUCCGGGGUCGAGCUGCCCUCCACCACCCCCAUCAAACACAACUCGUGCAGGAACAGCUGGAGCUCUGACGAGGGUAUAGGUGAAGGGGUGGAGCGGGAGGACUGUGUGCAGGCCCUCAGUGGGCAGAUCUUCAUGGGUAUGGUGUCAUCCCAGUUCCAGGCCCGGCUGGACACUGUCCGGCUCAUCGACUCCCUCGUCACCGCCUGUAUCCGGUUUGUUUACUUCUCCAUGGAAGAUGAGCUCCGCAGCAAGGUGUUUGCAGAGAAGAUGGGUUUGGAGACAGGCUGGAACUGUCACAUCUCUUUGACUCCAAACGGAGAGAGUCCCUGUGAUGGAGCUCCGUCCAGCCCCAUGCAGGGCUCCAUGCAUGAAGAUUCUCGUGAUGAAGCUGAAGGCCCCCUGCUGACAGAGGAGGAAGCCCACUCUGACCUAGCCAGCUUCCAGCCCACAGACAGUGAUGUGCCCAGCUUCCUGGAGGACUGCAACAGGGCCAAGCUACCUCGGGGUAUCCACCAGGUUCGUCCUCACCUGAAGAACAUUGAUAAUGUGCCUCUUUUGGUGCCACUCUUCACUGACUGCACCCCUGACACCAUGUGUGAGAUGAUGAAGAUCAUGCAGGAGAACCGGGAGGUCACAUGCUGUCUGGGAAGCUCCGCCAAUUUCCGCAACAGCCGGCUGUUUCUACAGAGUGACCUCAGCAUCGCCUUGGACCCUCUGUACCCCUCGCAGUGUUCCUGGGAGACGUUUGGAUACGCCACGGGAGGAUUUAGCGACAGAGAUGCUGAAUGCCUGUCUCCUCUGAGGCUCUCCGGACAGCUCAACAGUCUGGGCUGCUCCGUGACCUUCCACCAAGGAGAGAGCGUCAGCAUGGUCAAGCUCAUAGAGCAGGCACGACACACCACCUACGGCAUCCGCAAGUGCUUCCUCUUCCUGCUGCAGUGUCAGCUCAGCCUCGUCAUCCUCCAGUUCUUGGCGUGUCUGGCUCAGCUUCCUCCUCCCUUGAACACCACUGACAUCCUGUGGCUGUCCUGCUUCAGCUGCCCGCUUCUCAGUGUGUCAUUUUUGGGGAAGCCUCCAGACAACUCAGUGAUGACGGUGGCUACAGGGAAGAACUUAGAUGCUAUUCCCAGGAAGACCCAGAACUACUUCCUCGGCUGCUUCCUGCUGAAGUUCGGCCUGACAGUGUGUGCCUACCUGGUGGCCUUCGGCUUCACCCUGCAGGAGUUCUGCCACAGUGGCUGCAACUCAACCUUAGCUGAGAACAGCACCGUCACCUGCCUUCAUAUCCUCACAGCCAGCUCCUCGGUGGGCGCUCCUCACUGGUUCGGGGAGCUGUCAAACGGCCUGCUGCUCACUCAGAAGGUCAUGGCAGGGUUCCUCGUCCUACACACAGUGGUGAUCUCCCUCAGCUACGUCCACCGCUCGCAGCCUCUGUGGAGGAAGAGUCCCUUCAGCAACACCUGGUGGUGUCUCACUGUCCCUGUGGUUCUGCUCAGUCAGUUAGUUCAGGCCACAGUGGAUUACCAGUUAUGGCGUGACCGUGGCAGCCUCCUGACCUUUGACCUGGGGGACAUCCCCCUGCUGGCCUGGCUGCUGGUCUCUCUGUCCCCACUGCUGGUGGUGGUGGUCAACGAGGUGGUGAAGCUGCAUGAGAUACGGGUGCGAGUCCGCUACCAGAAAAGACAGAAGCUCCAGUUUGAAACCAAGCUGGGUAUGAACUCUCCGUUCUGAUGCGUUCCCUGAGAGGAAAUGGUUGCUGUGGAAAUAUUGGCAGCCAUGUAGUUCUGGAAACCGGAGGAAGCAGGGUGCAAAUACUGCAGAACACUUCAGCCAACAGCACUGAGCAAUGAAGUGGAGCAGGUAUCAACCAAAUGCCAUGGUGGGGGCUUUACACACUGACACAAAUGUUUACCCCUGAGGGCAGGGGAAAUCCAAAGGACUCGUUUUCAUUCAAAACAAAAAAAGAGCCAAAAAAAAGGCAAGUAUUUAUUGUCUGGUUUUAGUUUAGGUUUAACGGCAUGAGGAAUGUUUUCUGAAGAGGUUUAUGCUUUCUCACUAUCGCUUCUGUUUUCCAUCUCUGGGAGAAUUGUGCAUGGUUCAUGUGAAGGACUGCCCCCCCGCCCCCAACACAGACUGAUCAGGUCCUCACUCUAUUCACAGGAAAACAAUGAACUGUGUAGCCCUGAAGUGUUCCUUAUUAAAUAAAGUCACCUGACAUUAUUCAAUAGAUAAUCACAUUUUAUUAAAUGUUAUAAAUGGAACAAUCAUUUUAAAAUGACUUCAGAAAAAUUAAACAGAUACAAAAACAUUUCUAUGAUGAAACAAAGAUGAUUCCCAAAGAACCUCUUUCAUUAUUUGGCACAUUUUUGGCUUAUUUAUAUAUUUUACACUAUUUAUUUGUAUGAUUAUCUAUUUCAUACUGCUUUUAUUAUUUAAUACUGAACACUCAAGGUGUUUGUUCACCUGAACCGGGUGUUAGACUACCUCCAAAGAAACUUCCAGGAUUACUUUUGUGAACCAUUCGCCUGUUGAGCCACAUUUAAAUCUUCCCUGAUAACCUGCCAGUCAACGUUCCCUUUUGUUGUUAUUCCGUUUUAAACAAAUGUUCUUUGUUGGUACCAAAUUCCUAAGCUAAACAGAGUCUGGUGUAACAGGAUAAGGGCUGAAGAUUAAGGAUUUAAUUGGCUCGUUUUCUACAUGCAUACCUGCAUUAGAAUAUAUACUGUAAACUCAUCUAACUGCAGAAUGUGCCAGCAUGCUGCUCUGAACACACGCAGCUGGCUGUGCAGUCAUCUGUGAUCGGUGAGCAACUGCUGCAUAAAUAAGGCUGUUUAUUCUGGGAUGCUCAAAUGCCAGAGUCUUGUGAAAGGUGCUUCACAUCAGUCAGUUGCCUUUCUCCACACAGACAGCAGCUCAGCAGUGUUUGUUUGAAAUGAUAGGAAUUUAUUUCAUCUAUUGCCCCAGAUGUAAUAUUUGAUCUGCUGAGCAUCACAUUUUAAGUGUCCCCAUUGAUGUCCUGUGAUCAGUAGUGUGAAGCAGCAGACGUCUGUAUCACUCACGGUCUUUUUCAAUCGGACCAGCCUUCUCUGUGGUGCUGUCAUGAUUUUAAAUAGACACAAUUUUUAAUGUUGCUACUGUAUUUAGUGGGAUGAUACCAUUCAUUCGUAUCACAUUACUUCAGAAAGUCAAUGUCACUCAUAAACAUGUCAUUCUUGUCAGUGCAAGGAAUUGGCCAUCAUCAAAUUUUCAGAACAUGUGUAAUCCUGAUAUUUAUAUCAAUAGUGUGAUAUAAAAUGAUGAUCUAUAAUUUAGGUUAUUUUUACUGAUUUUAUUAAUGUGGGAAUAGCGUCACAUUUCCAUAUUAUGUUACAAUUUUUACUUCAUUUUUAUAAACUUUUAUCGCUCAGCCCAAUCCAAACAAAUCUGCAGUCAAUCAAAUACAGCAGAAUGAUUGACAGAUGUCCUUAGAGAUGUUGGCUUGUUGUUCAGCCUUGAUUCUUGUUUACUUGUACUCUUAAUGUAAAGAUGGCAUCAAACAUGAUGGAGUCCUCUGUAUUUUCAAUAUUCUGUUUUACCCUCUGCUCGCUUUGAUCUCUGUGCCUGUUUUUAGCUGUUCCACUCAUACAAAUGCUCUUUUAAGUUCUACAUUUAAAGUGGGGGUGUAUGUGAAGAGGUACAAGUAAAUGAGUGCAAAAGCACAAUCUGGUUUUACGGCACUACUCGUGAUGACUCGACAAAAAGUCAGCAUGAAACUACUGAACGCAAACAUCACAAUGCAAGAAUUUUCAUGGUUUUAUUUUGUGUUAGCCCUGUAUCAUACUUGUGGACUAUGCUGCAUGAAUAAGAUCCGGUGAAUGCUCUGUCUUGAUCAAUGUACAUGUACUGUGUAGUUCUACUGUUCUGUUUAUAACACGUACUGUUACCAUGCCUCUGGUACAGCUGCAUCAUCACGCACAUGCUACGAACCUCUGUCAGAUUAUUAGGGUGGAGGGCGGGGCGGUGAUGUACUAUAAUAUAGUAGUUCACAAGAUACAUAAAUGUAUAUUUUGUAUUUUUUAAAGUGUCAAUGUUCAGGAAUUUUGAGAAAAUUUGAUUGUGUAUUGAUUAUUUCAUGUUAAUAAAUAUGCUCUUUUA